CUUCUUCGGUAACACACGCCAAAAGGGUGCUGCUGGGCAGCGGGGGCCCCGAAAGGCACGGAUUCCAACAAGGAGUGACGGAGCUCUGAGCGCGCGGAAAGCCCGACCCCCCAUGUAGCCGCUGGACGUCGGACCCGGAGACGGUGCGGCGAGCGCUAUGAGUGCGCUGCGGGGAGCGCGGCGCUCGGUGGAGCUGCAGCGCCCAAAACGGGGCUGUCGGCGGCUGCUCCUCUCUCUAGCAGGAAACACGAGCGACUUCGUACCCGGAACGGCCAUGUGAAGCCCCACGGGCGAUGGGAUGAGAAUGCGACGCUACCGAGUGUUUUUGCUUUGCACAGUGGGCCUCUGUGUGAUCUCCUUCUUGCACUACUACAAGGCCCUGCACUACGUCUCCCUGUUGCGAGAGCUGUCUGCCCCCUAUCCCAACAUCAACUCCUUCAUCAUGGUGACCGGAUUCUUCUGGAGGGAGCAGUCCUUUCCACUGGAGAAUAGUCUGUCCGGUGAAACUAAGGGUCAGGGUGCAAAGGAGUGGCAGGUCAUGGCAAAACAGCAAAAUCACAGAAAUGCUUCCCAAGCCAAGCUUGACUUGAAAAACCUUCCAGCUUUCACUCUCCCAGAUCCCAGUGGCCUACAUGGGGACCUCCAUCGGCGAAGCUUCCAGCUCCACGAUGACCAAACUCCGUACUUUGUCCGCACAAAAUCUGGGGCUCUGUGCUUCCGGCAGGGUACUGAAAUGGCCGUCCCCAGGGAGCACCCUGGCAAGAGCGGUGCGACUGUGGCCAGCCAGCGAAGGAUAUUGCAGCACCAGGAAGCAUCUAGCACAUCACACUUCAAAGCCAAGAGGGGAAAGCGGCUAGUGAAGUGUGUCUGUCGGCAAGGCUGGCAUGGCCCUUACUGUGGUGUCCCAACCAUGGUCUACCACUCCAAUCUGCCUACCAAGAAGAGGCUGACGCCCAGAGAGGUGCCCCGUCGAAUAAUCAACGCCAUUAACAUCAACCACGAAUUCGACCUCCUCCAUGCACGUUUCCAUGAGUUGGCUCAAGCAGUGGACCUGUUUCUGGUGUGCGAGUCCAACUUCACUGCUUACGGUGAGGAGAGGACCCUGCACUUUCUGCGCCUCCUCCUCAAUGGAACCUAUGAUUAUGUGCGGCACAAGAUCCUCUACAUCUUUUUAGACCACUUCCCGGAGGGCGGGCGGCAGGAUGGGUGGAUCGCGGACGACUACUUGCGCACUUUUCUCACUCGCAACGGUAUGUCCCGAAUCAAAGACCUGCGACCAGAUGAUGUUUUCAUAAUCAACGAUGCAGAUGAGAUUCCUGCUCAGGAGGGGGUUCUCUUUCUCAAGCUUUUUGAUGGCUGGACAGAGCCCUUCGCAAUACACAUGCGCAAGUCGCUCUAUGGCUUCUUCUGGAAGCAACUGGGCUCCCUUGAAGUGGUGUCGGGGUGCACUGUAGGAAUGCUGGCUGCUGUGUAUGACUGCGAUGGCAUCAAGCUGAGGCGGAGAGAGUACUACUCCAUGCCGGGCUUCCGGAAGUACGAGAAUGACACAGGUCACAUCCUGGUGCAAUGGUCCAUAGGGAGCCCUGUCCACUUUGCUGGCUGGCACUGCUCCUGGUGCUUCCCCCCAGAAGGCAUCUACUACAAGCUCAUCUCGGCACAGAACGGCGACUUCCCUCGCUGGGGAGAUUACGAGGACAAGCGGGACCUCAAAUACAUCCGGGAACUAAUCCAAACUGGGGGCUGGUUUGAUGGGACUGUACAGGAAUAUCCCCCUUCUGACCCCAAGGAGCUUAUGUACGCCCCCAAGUACCUGCUGGAAAACUAUGACCGCUAUCGCUACAUGCUCGAGAACCCCUAUGCAAGGAAGGGAAAGUGAAUAGAGCGGUAGUGUUGGACUGGUUGUAAACAUAUAUGAGAUGCUGUCUAUCAAAGGGAUGUGUUCAUCAGUUUAAAUUAAAGGGUGACAUGUCUCUCUUCCUAUUCCCUUUCUUCAUUGUGGUCUUUAUCCUGCCUAGCUGAGCCUGGUUCUUUGCAUCUAAGGGUGAGAAGGCUGACAUGGUAGGAAUCCUACAGGCAGCUGCUCACUAUCUUAAAAAAAAAAAAA